AUGCAGUCCACCACAAUGCCAUUCAGUCCUAUUAAAGAUGGACGCCGCAUUCUCGGUGCAAAGGACACCAACGCGUGCUUCUCCCCAGCCCGCCAGAACAAACAGUCAUCGGUUACCGGCACGCCGACCAAACGGACCCUGUUUACGAAUGUCUCGCCUAAGAAGCUGCUCCCUUCGCCUAUAUUUGCGGGCCAAAAACGGACAAGGGACCAGGUGUGCGAGGUAGAAAUCAACACAGAACGUGGCCAGACUCCGCGAGGCUCUGAGGAGCCCAGUUCCCAGGCCACCGUGAAGAUGGAUACCCCGAAGUCAAGCCAUGUGUCGGACGCGAUGGAAGCUCGCGUUUCAACCCCAACCUCGCAGCCCGAACGCGACGAGACCACCGAAGAUCAGACGAAAGCAGGCCGGCCUCCAACCGCGUCUCAAAGCCCCGAACAAGACACACGGGCGAUCCCAGACGAUCCAGACGCGCGCAAAAUCUUUAUCCAAGAGAAAGCGGCUCUCCUCCGAAACACCCUUCAAACUGCCAUGCGCAACGUUCCCAGCAAUCCAAUCGACCGCCGAGUCUCGGAAUUGGAAGCCCACAGCCGCAAGUGCCCUCGAAUCUCUUUCUCUGCUCUCUCCACUCCCUCCGUCUCCCUCAGAAAUGUCGCCACUCCUUCCCAAUACCGCACUCCGCGCAUCGGCACAACCAAUGAUGAUAUGAGCUCCACUCCGGUCCAGUACACACCCGACCUCCCUGGCCGGCCAUCCUCUCUGAUCGACACAUCCUCAUGUGCAAAGCGGGCCCGGCGCACGCCGCCCCGCACCCUUGGAUCUCCAAUGCAACUCAGCAGCCCACCCGCGACGGUUGUUCGACACAACCGAACCCGCGAGGUGAGCGAAGAACCACGGCAUGAAAAAGGAUCCGAGACACGGCAGGGCUUGUCGCCAUCUCAAAGAGGGGACGCCGUGGAUGGGUUACUCAAACUCAUGAGCAACAACCAGGAAAGCUCCGACGCGUGGACCGGAUAG